AUGUUCGCCCAGAUACACAGCAAUGGUCCGAUGCCUACGGAGGACAGGGUUGGUGGAUACGCAAUUGCAUCGGCCAGACUUGUUGGGCGGGUUGCGGCCAUUCUCCUUCUACGAGGGGACACCGAGUGCGAAGUCAUCCCAAUGUGUCGGGGUCAGGCUAUGGCGAUUGCGGCGUGGGCGCCUUUGGGUCAGGGGCGGUUCAAGACAGCGGAGGCCCGCGAGGCGGCGCAUACUGGUGGACGCUCGGUCCAGAUGAACGAGGAUGAAGUUAAAGUCUCUGAGGCGCUCAAAGCAGUUGCGAAGCUGAUGAAGACGAUGCGGGCUUUCGCUUAUAUCCUGCACAAGUCGCCUUACGUCUACCCCAUUAUUGGACAGCGAAAGGCCUAG